AUGGCUCCUCCGAAGAAAAAAAUAAAUAAUAAUAAAAAAAAUGCGCCAUAUACACAAGAUACUAUUAACAAGGCACUUAGAGAUAUUCGCGAGAAAAAAAAAUCCAUUAGAGAGGUCUGCCGAAAUUAUGGAAUCCCUAGGACAACUGUCCAGGAUCGAAUAUCUGGAAGAAGUAGUGAUUCGAUUAAAACGCGAGGUCCUGAUCCUAUACUAACCAGUGAAGUCGAAAAAAAAAUCGUAGACUGGCUAAUUGACAUCGCAAAGUGUGGUUUCCCUAUAAAAAAAUUUGAAUUGCUAGACACUGUUCAGAAAAUUAUAAAAGACUCAGGCAUGCAGACACCUUUCAAAAAUGACCGUCCUGGACAAACCUGGUUUAUAAACUUCAUGAAAAGGCAUCCAGAAAUUUCACAAAGAUCCGCUGAAGGAAUAAAUAAGGCGAGAGCAAGAAUAACAGAGGAGUCAAUCAGACGCUGGUUUGGAGAGCUUGAAUCGUUUCUAGUGGAAACAAAUAAUCGUGAUAUAUUGGAAUCUCCGGAACGUAUAUUUAAUGGAGAUGAGAGUGGAUUCGCCCUUUGCCCCAAAACAGGAAAGGUUCUUGGUCCUCGAGGGUAUCGCAAUCUAUACCAAAUUAAAAGUGGUAGUGAAAAAGAUAAUUUAACUGUUUUGGUGACAUUUAAUGCUAAGGCACAAGUAUGCCCACCACUAAUAGUUUUUCCAUAUAUUCGCCCACCAAAACAAAUCGCAGAUAGCAUGCCACCACAUUGGGUCCUUGGAAGGUCUGAUAGUGGUUGGAUGCGAAGUGAUGUAUUUUUUGAAUAUAUUACGAAUGAUUUUAAUAACUGGGUGGUGAGUAAUGAAAUACAAAGACCCAUUCUAUUACUGGUAGAUGGACACAAAUCCCAUAUGUCACUUGAGUUGAGCGGGAUGUGUGAGCAAAUGGGAAUAAUUCUUUACGCUCUGCCACCUAACACCACACACAUACUCCAACCGGCAGAUGUCAGUGUUUUUGGGCCUUUGAAAUCGGAAUGGAAAAAUGUAGUAAGGAAGUUUUUGACGAAACCAGAAAAUUUAAACUCUUCUGUUACCAAAACAAACUUUUGCGUUAUUUUUAAAGAUUGCCUGGAAAGUACAAAUAUGCCUCGAAAUAUAAUAAAUGGCUUCAGAAAAUGCGGACUUUAUCCAUUUGAUCCCAAUGCAGUGGACUACUCGAAAUGUGUACAGAAUACCCUGGAAAAACUGAACAGUGAUAAUUCGAAGACACCACAAAGAAAUAUUUCCAAAGAGAUAACUAACGCAGACCUAGUUUCCGCAAGGAAAGUUUUAAAACAUUUAAAAUUAACUCUGGCAGAAAAAAACAUAAAAGUUGCAAUUAUAUUGAAGGAGAUGAGGAAACUGAAAAGAAAGUCUUCUCAGAUACAAAUCGAUGACGUUUUAUACGAAACAUGCUCUGAAGACCGAACGAACUCAACAGUCAAUAUUACGACAUCUCAAAUAAUUGAAGAAGAAAAUAAUAAUAUGACCAGCCAUGUAGAUGAUUUUAACACGACAAAAAUGGAUUCUUUUGAAACCAUUCCUCACAGCCAGACCAAUGAAAACUUACUUCCCCAAUUAAGUAAUAUAAGACCGCUAAAUCCAUUUAAGUCUCCAGAAAGUCUGUGCAAUACAGACCAAGAUCAAAGGACUUUAACCCACGAUGUUCAGGUAACUAAGGAUUCAUCUACCGAUGCAUCAGAAUCGUUAAUUGAUGACAAUAUAUCAUCAUUGCAUUUGUCAGGAAGUUAUUUGGAAAUUGGUUCUUUAGUAUCGUUAGAGGAUAUACUUGUAAUUCCAACUCAAAUAAGCCAACCAACGACAUCAAUAUUGAAAAUUCCUGAAAUGAUAAUAGAUUCCAGUAAUACAACAACCACUCAAAGCAGUACAAUAAUUACAAUGAUACCACCACCGGAAACACACAUCAUAACAAACAAGACCUCUAAAACUUUAGAAAAUGUGCUGGUUAAUAUUCCGAUAAAAGAGACUCUACAAACUAGUGAAACAUCGACUUCAACACUAUUACAUACAGAAUAUAGAAAUGCAAUAGAAAAACACUUAGUUAAACCGGAACCCGUAAAAAAAUCUAUUUACCGUAUACGUACACCUUCAUCUGCGGCAAUUUCUUCUGCAGAGUGGCGAAAAUUUUAUGAAGAUAAAGAGAAAGUUAAAAUAGAGAAGUUAGAAUUAAGUAAAAAAAGGCAAGACAUUUUGAAAAAGAAAAGAAUAGAAAAGGAAAAGUUAAAGAGUGCUAAAGUACAAACACGAAAAAUUGCAAAAUCAAAGAAUUCUAUAAAGAAAAAGGAAAGAGCAAGAGUAGAUUGCGCCUUGUGUCAUGAUAUUUUAAUAAGUGAUACAGAAGAAGAUUCGGAAAAAAAUAUUGGAUGUGACUUUUGCACCACAUGGUAUCAUUUGAGAUGUACAGAUUUUGUUGGACUAAAAUAUGAGGAAGUACAAAACAAACCCUUUAAAUGCAAUACUUGCAUGUUUAAUCGUGAUUGA